UGUUUGGGAGUCAGUUGACAUGAAGCCAUUAUUGUCUUACCUACCGAUCCAAAAGCAUCGAUUGUUUGAAUAGCUGCAUUGUCACACCCAGUAUAGUUGGUUUCAUUUUUCUCAAGUAAAGAGUAGCCCAUUCGUCUUUUCAAGUCAAUUUGGCAGCCAUAUUGGAUUAAUAAACUCUCGACAUUUCGCACUCGAAAAUCUUAUAAUAAAACAAAAGCCUCUGCUGUCGCAUAUCGUCUGCAACCAGUGAUUAAUUAAACGAACGAAAGCAUUAAGUGGCAGAACUUUCUAUACGUCUGUGACAAAACGCUCUCUGUUGGACAUGGAAUUGGUAGGAACAGGACUACCAGGUGCCCUGGUUCUCCUUCUCAUCUACACGGCCAGACUAACACCCUGUCAAGGAGUUCCUACAAUAUCAAGAGGACCUGACAACCAGACUGUAAAUUUCGGGCAGACCGUGCAUUUGACAUGCAUGGUCCGUGAUAAAUCUGAUGGGUACCUUGUCGUUUGGAUCAAAGAUGGAACAAGAAUUACCCGCAAUAACAACGAGAGCCUCGAUUCCCGGCAUGUAGACACGUCUCGAUACAGCUUAUUCGGCAACUGGGCUCAGGGAGACUACUCUCUUGAAAUCCAAAACAUAAUCUCGGGAGAUAAAGGAGCGUAUAAAUGUAUCAUUCAAGAAGCUUCUUCUAGAGAUUACAUAGAGACUUCAACAGAAGCGACAGUGAGCAUUGAGUAUUCACCUUCGCUCUCGUCGUUCUUGUGUUCAAUACCCGAAUCGGCUUCAGACUUGCGCAUUGGCUAUACAAUCACAUUCGUUUGUCAAGCUGAUCUUGGAAACCCACCUGCGACUCUCAGUGCAACCUACGAUUUGUCACCUGUUAAUGAAACCACGGAAAUCCUGACCAACGAGAUCAGGCUCAAUUACGAAAAAACUCUUGGAAAGGAAGAUAACGGGAAGAUAUUCCGCUGUACAUUAAGCCAGGAGUUACUAGAUCAGCCAGAAUACUGUACAGAGGGUCCUCUGGUUGUUAAAUACAAACCGAUGGACAUUGCGAUAACUUCUGCAAUGCUUCCAGAUGAUGGUUCAUCGUUGGCAGUUGUCGAAGUCAAUACUGAAAGAGUUGUUUUCACUUGCGCUACUUCUGCUAACCCUGAGGCUCAGUACACCUGGACUGUGACAGAGGCGCAGGGAUGUUCGAAGGGAAUGAACCAUUAUUCCUUAGGAGACCAGCUGAUCCUAACGACAGUCGACAUGGCUUACGACGGUGCCGUAAUCUCAUGUACAGCCAACAAUACCAUCGGAAAAGCAUCGACAUCUAUUACAAUCAAUGUUAUGAACGAUGAUCCGAAUGCCUUGUGUUAUUCAACAACCGCACCCGAACCCGAAGGAACCAAACCCACGCCUACGAAAGCACCAGUUACAGGACCGAUGAUGCUGACGACCAUGCACAUUAUCAUCAUAAUCAUCGCAGCUGCUUUCCUGGUAGUCAUCAUUAUCUUGGGUUACAUCGCCUUCAGCCGACGUCGGGACACACCAAUCCAGCUGACGAUGAUGUCCGGCCCUGAUGACACUCGCUCGAUCGCCGAAAGCAUCAUCUUCCACUCCCGGCACAACACCCCUGAUCCAGAGCAUCGAAGCAACUCCCUAGGACGGAUGCAGAGCAACUUCAGCACCAUGUCAUACGAUACCCAGAGCAUCGAUUCCGCUACUGCUCUUAUGCACCUGAGAUCCUUAGAGUCGCCAGAGUACAAGACCAACCCCAAGCUGACUGGAUCACCAACUCGCAAACUAGGCGGGAAAUGCGGCAAGGAGUACGGGAAGGAGUGUGGGAAGGAGAUCCAAAUGGACGACAUGGAACGAUCUCCAUUUCACCGGUUCCAAUCCACGGACAACACAUACGAAGGGUCGCCGAAGAGAGGCAGCCCGACACCGCCAGGCGAGAAAUCUACGCUUACCCGACAGCCAAGCGAGCAUAAGUACGAGGAAUGCCCACCUCUUAAGAAAUACACGACCCAUGCCAGCCAGACCGAUCUUGCUUUUACCGAUGAUAAAAUCGAAGAGGAAAGGCAGGAAAUAUCAGACACCAGUGAUAGUGAUUCUGAAUUCGAUUACAACCCUAAAAAGCAGAAUUUUAGUGUGAACAAUAGUAAUAUAAGAUUUGCUAAACAUACCGAAGUUUAACACCACGUAGCUAUAAGUCGGAAUAUUAAGAGAAGAAUAUAAAGCAAUAUUUAAUCAGAUACAGUUUCAUCAAGUUAAUGUUAUUACCCAGAUAUCUGAAAGAUAAGUUCGUAACGUAUUUCUACACCAAAUUAUUUCACAAAUAAAAUACAGUAAGACGCAAACUUUGUAAUCAGUAAUCUCUUCUCUUCUAUAAAUGACAGCGUAUUCGCUGGAAUUAUAUAAUUUCUGUUUCUAUAGCACCAAUCAGGUGAAUUAUUAUUGUACAAUAAAUCUCAGUUUAGUUUAUAACGUGUGACAGUAUCGAAUAUUAUGAUUGCUUUUUCUUUCUGUAUUUUGUGCAAUUUGGGAUUUAUCCAUCUAUCGUCUGUUAGAUGAUUAUGUGUGUGUUUAAAAACUUAAGUUACCAGCGUUUUAAGAAUCCAUUUAUCUUUCCUUACAUGCUUAUUAUAACCACUCACUUAUAAAAAAACUAAACAAUGGUUCCUAUGUUCAUGAAUUCAACUUUCUUUCGAAUAUUUCUGGUCGAAGUAUGCCGCGUUAUCACGCAUCACGCAUAAUGAGUUUAUAAAAAGUAAUUACAAGAUUAAGUUCCAUAUCCUACAGUUGAUCAACUUCAUAAGGCAAUGUUUUUUGUUUCCUUUUUAGCUGUAUAUUAGAGCUGCUGUAUAAUAUUUAAGUCUGUUGGUUUCUUUCCCAUCCUAUAUGUCUUAAAUACAUUCUUUUCCUUAUUUUACUCUUUCUCUUACUUUGCUCCUGUCUAAUUUCUAUAAGUAUCAUUUCGAGAUUCCCUUCUACAGGUUACAUUUUUUACACGUUGUCUAUUCCUCACUUCCACUCCUCUUCCUCCUUUACUUGAUAUUGAUUUCGUAUAAAUAUCAAUUCUUUCUCCCUUUCCCUUUCACUCGUACUCCUCCUCAUUCGUUUAUUUAACACUCUUCAUGUUUUCCUAAUUUUGUUGAAAAUAUUCGUGUAUUUUGUUUGGUUCUCGAUCCAUAGGUAUGGAUGUAAUUAGAUGCAUCUCCUGAUAUUUCUACUUCUAUCAUACAUAAUAUCACUUUUAUUUCGUUAUGUAUAAAAUGUUGAUAUUGGAAAAUAAUUAUUAGAAUAAUCAUAAUACACAACUAGGAUGCAACAAAACAUAGAUAAUUGAAUUAAGUUUAAGUCUCCAAAUGAAACUAAAUUAUGUUGUCAGAAUUUUCGAUGUAACAGCUGCCUUACAUGUUUGUAUAUUUUUAAUAAGUGAUAUCACAUUAUUUAUUAUCAGGACAUAAUUCUAAGUGCAUAGCAGGAUGGAAGGCUUCAGGUUUCUUAAAGCAAAACAUGCUGCCAAUUUGAAUAACUAGUAGUAGUAGUAUGCGUUUUAUAAGUUAUAUUUGAUAGGAAAUUUGAACCGACGUUUUUGAUGACAUUUUUGCAGCACAAAAUCAUUUUAGCCGGCAUUUCGAACUCGGCUUCGUAAUAAAUAUGUACAGAAAAGGUAUGUAAGAUAUUUGUUCCUAAGGAAUUAUGUUGUAUAUUAAUGUAAAGUUAUGAUAGAACUAUAUAUACGGGGAUAUAAAGUAAUUGUAUAUGUAAUGAGCAAUGUUUACGUUUGUAAAAACAAUAGUGUAGUUGUAUAGAUCAUGUAAAGAUGUAAAUAAAAGAUUAAUUAAGUAACGUACAGAACG